GACAAGGGAAAGCGCGCUUUCAAAGAAAUGCGCACAUCCGCUCCAGUAGGUGGAACUUCGGUUCUACUAACUAACGAGGAGAACUCUGUAUUAUACUCAUUGUUUGGAGCUGGUUGCGAUUCAUUAGCUUCCGCUGUGGUACGCUAUUUCAAAGGUGAAAAUGAAUUGAAUUGGGUGCUUAAAGGUUGUGGCGUUGUAUGUUGUAUCAAGGACAAAAAUUAUAAGGAUUAUUUCAUCAGAAUAUAUGAUGUGAUUAGGAAAAUUCCUCUCUUAGAGCAAAGAUUAUUUUUGGAAAUGGAUUAUACUGAGGAAUUAAAAUGCUUUCACGUAUUGCAGUCAGAUGAUGGGCCAGUUGGACUUGCUUUCGCAUCUCUUGAGGAGGCUAAACAUUUUGCACAUGCAGUAAAUGGUCGUUUAAGAUCUAUGCGUGCAGCUGCUAUCGAGAAGCCUUCAUCGAAUCUACAUACUGUUGGUUCUCAACCAAUCGUGCAAGCUGGUAUCUAUAGUUUGAAUCCGACAAAAUUGUCUGAUCAAGGAGUUACGUCUAUACGGGGCAAAACAAAAACUAAAGGAAAAAAGAUACUAACCAACCUAUUUUCUCUUGAAAGUAACUCGAAGCUUACAUCAAAAGAUAUCAGUAAUCCCUCAAAUUUUCGUCAUAUUGAACAUGUUGGUUAUGACAGAGAAGCCAAGACAUUUGAUAUAUCUUCACAAGAAAGCGCAAUCAUGCGUAACAUACUGCGUGCUAUUGGACGUGAAGAUGCUAUGAAUAUACCAAGCGAACGAACGUUUGUUUACAAUUUCGCCCGCGAACAUGGUGGUUUGGAAGAGAUACAACGACAACUGAACGGUUCUCAGAGUGAAAAACGUAACACACCAGCUACUAAUGUUCCCCCUCCUAGACCACCACCACCACCUCCACCACCUUCCGCACCCCGUCGACAAAAUCUUGGUUCUGUUACACCUUCUCAGUCGGUUACAAUACAACACCCACCCCCGCCACCUGUUCCACAAGUAGCUCCUAAGCCAAUCGCACCACCACCACCUAUUCUGCCUGCACCUCCCCUCUAUGAAAUUCCUGCUCCACCGCCACCACCUCCCCCACCCAUAUUCUCGAGUUCCGUAGCUGCGCCUCCACCACCUCCUCCAGCAUGUCCCACCGCUGUGGCUGAGAAAGAAAGCACAUCAAAUGCUCCUCCAAAGCCUACGACCGGUCUUACUGUUGACCUUCAGUCACAGAUUAUGUCCUUUCAAAAAAGCAACCUACGUAAGAUUACACCUGGUGAAGGUGUGUCUAGGCCACCUCUGAAACCUAGUAAUAGCAAUAGUGGUAAUAGUAGUUCUGGCGCAAAUCCAGCUGCCAGUGGAGGAGGAUUCGAUUUAUUACAAUCACUUGCUCAAGCAAUGGAAAUGCGACGUAAUCGAAUGUGUAGUAAUGAUAGUGGAGAAGAAUCUGAUGCCAAUUCUGUACCAGGUGAUAUUGGCUCAGAUGAUGACUGGGAGACAUGAAUCAAUAAAAAGUGAAAAAAUAAGCUAAUUUGUUAUUAAUUUACUUACCAUAUGCUUUCAUUAAUAUUGAUCUUUUCCUAAUGAAAUUCAGUAACUUUUUUGUGUACUAUUUUACUCACUUUUUUUCUGGAAAUCAAAUUAUUAUUACUACUUCUAUAGAGUCAUACCCAGAUGGAAUUUUCUUCGCACUGUUUUUUAUUCAUUUAGCUUGGUCAAAGUGCCUUAACUUUUUUUGUCUUAAAAAUUACACAUAUUUUUAGCACGUUUUUAAUGGGUAAAAAGCACUGUGCAUAUCUUUUCAUAAAUCAUUUCGGAACAAAUCACUGUUACUUUUCUAUGUCUUAUCUUUUCUUACAACCGAGUGGCUGUUAUUUAAUAUGGGGUUCGUGUUGACAUUUAUUAUUAACAAUAAUGGUAGUAUUAUCAUUGUUAAGCGGUGUUAUGGUAGUAUAGUAAACUGACACAGCUUAAUUCAAUUAUGAAUAAUGAUAUUAGAUUCUUUUUGACAAAAAAGGCUGACAUUCCUCUGUCAUCAUCAUCAUUUGUAUUGUAAUAGUAAUAAUGAUAAUAAUACGGAUUAUUA